AUGGCAAACAGUGCAAGGCAAGCAAAACUGGAGAAAUUGCAAGAUCAAGCUCAGCACCAGUACAAGAAGCCCACGAAACAGAUCAACGACGGCGACGACCUGUCAUUCUUCUUCGCAUCUGCCGCUUACAGAGACUUGACGAUAUGGCUGCUCCAGCUCACGAGAGCCAUGUUUCCAGUCAAGGCCAGUGAUGGCAAGAUAUCAGCGACGACUUUGGAAACCUCGCUGUCUUUCUCAGCACAAGUCUUGGCACUACGAGCUCUGCUUGACGACCUGGCUCGAUUUAUUGAUCGCGCGCCACCCGACACAGGCCCGAGAAGAUUUGGCAAUGUCGCUUUCAGGAAAUGGUUUCAACACGUCGAGGAAGAGGCAUCUGCACUAUUGCAGAAACAUCUGGGAACCUUCUUGCCAGUUUUUCUGGAAGCUAGCGCUGAGGACGCAGAUGCGACCUUGUUGAGCGAACUGAAAGUGUACUUGCUUGGAAGCUUCGGCAGCGCACAGCGGCUCGACUACGGCACUGGUCACGAACUGAGCUUUUUAGCAUUCCUCGGAUCGCUCUGGAAGCUCGACUUAUUUGGUGCAGGAGAGGAGAAGGCCAUUGUGAUCGGGGUCAUACAGCCAUAUCUGGCGCUGAUGCGCAAGCUUAUCCUAACCUACACAUUGGAGCCGGCAGGAUCACAUGGCGUCUGGGGCCUCGACGACCAUAGCUUCAUACCCUACAUCUUCGGUUCUGCCCAAUUUGGGCCACCGAUCGCAGACGGUGACAUCACAUCUCCCUUGCCUACGGAGGGGUCGCUGGAGGGGUCGCCCUCACCAUCCUCUGUCACUAGCAAACCCAUGGUCGCCGAUUUCAAAGACAGUAACAUGUACUUUUCGGCGAUUCAGUUCAUCUACGAUGUCAAGACAGGUCCGUUCUGGGAACAUUCCCCCGUACUUUACGACAUCAGCGGCAUCAAAGAUGGCUGGGGCAAGAUCAACAAAGGCAUGCUGAAGAUGUACGCUGCUGAAGUAAUGGGAAAGUUUCCUGUGGUGCAACAUUUCCCCUUCGGCAGCCUGUUCGCUUGGGAGAAAGAUGCCAAUGCAGCUGCAACAGUAGCGAGCAUACAUGUCCAACAUCAGCCCCCACAAAGCAAAGAUGUCCCACCAGUGGCCUCUGUUGGCACUGCAGCUCCAUGGGCUCGUUCGAGCGGCGCAGCUAUGCCGCAAAUGCAGUCAAGUACUGGUAUGCCGACAACCAGAGCACCAUGGGCAGUUGCACAGGCAUCUGAUAGGCGAUUACCCGCUAUCGCGUCAUCUAUGGCACCGCCUCUCCAGGCAAAUGCUGGCACUAUGGGCUCAAAUCCCCCGCAGGCUGGUGCUUCAACAACAAUAUCAGCGCCAUGGGCUACUGGCAGUCAGCAAGGCGGGCGAGGCCAGAUGCCAUCAACAUCGGCGCCUUGGGCGAAUCAAAGUUCGAGGAGGUGA